AUGCCAAUGCCUCUGGGAAAAUUGUUUCUUUUCAGUGGUGUGGUGGCUAGCGGGACCUGUACCCUUAUGUAUUUCGUGACACAAAAAAAGUUUUCCAAGACUUUGUAUUACCAACUGGCAUUGGAACACUUGCAUAGCCACCUUGAGGCCCUGGAAGCUCUGGGCCCUCCUGUCAACAUUCACUAUCUUCAUCUCACCGACAGGUUCAACUUCAUUGACAUUACUAAUGCCCAGUUGAAGAUUCCUGUCUCUGGGUCUAAGGCCAAGGGCUACCUCUACGUCAGGUCAUCCAAGGAUGCCCCCUUUAAGAGGUGGAACCUUCAGGAGGUCUUCUUAGAGCUCAAGAGUGGUCAGAAGAUUCCCAUGUUCAAGUCCAAUGAGGAGAACAGAAAUGACACAAAGAAGUGA